CGAGACUUGCAUUGCUCACAUUCCCAGAUGCCAACCAGCAAGCAAGCAGCAGCAGCAGCAGGACGACUGGGCGCCGCAGUUAUGAAUGUAACCGAAGUAUUUAAUGUAAUUAAUGAUGUCAGAGAGUAACUAUCAGAGAUUCGUACUCUGGCUUUCAUGCUCUGGCUUUUACCGACCGAUAUAUUUGGCUGUUAACGUUAAUUUACUCCGGUAGCUCGAUGGGCUAGCAGCUACAGGCUACGUCUCAUAGGUUUGUUCUGUUUACAUGUUAGCUCACUUCAGCGGUAAUAUUCACGAACACGUCACGAUAAGAUGUAUUACAUGCGAAUUGCUUUGAUAUGUGUCUAAUGCAAAUGUAGCGUGGCAGCAUCUUAAAGCAGUUAUUGAAUGGAGUAACCACGCCGUCCUGCAUCUGCCACUACAGGAAAACAUUGGUGUAAAUCACUUUUUUUUUGCGAUUAAAACGCCGACGUAAGAGGACAAUGGAGUGUGUAAGGGGUGCUUUCCACGCACAGCUGGCUACUGUCAUGGAUUCCCUGCUGGCAGCUGCUGUGUGUGAGAUCGCCAAGAUCUUUGAGAGCAGCCUGAUUGAACAGCAGGCGGAGCUGGCUCAAAAAACACAAGAGAUCUCCAUCCUCAGAGGCAAGCUGCAGAAGGUGGAGAGGAGGCCGAAGGUGAAGGGUGGAGGCAGCGAGGAGGGGGAUUUGUCAUCGGGCGACAAGGAGGCAAGCUCGAGACAGCAGAGCCUAACAACAUCAGGACUUAAUGUGGGAAAGGAUUCAUCCUCUCAUUCAGUCCCAGUAAAUGGACUCAGACACAGUGUGCUGAAAGAGGAGGUCACAGGCCAGGAUGGAGCUUCAGUCAAAAAUGAGCGAGCUGGAUCGCGGCCUAACCUUGAGUCGGUUGCAGUUCAAGCACCUGAGGGUAGCCUUUCUGCUGUGGAUCAGAGGCAGAUAGAUACCCUGCAAGCCAAGGCCAAAUUGUCUCAAUGGAAGCAGGGCAGUCAAAGCACAGACCACCGACCCCUUGAGGAUCAAGUAUCCGCCCCUUUUCUCUCCAUCUCUCAAAGUGGACGAUGCUCCCCAGGGACUGACCCAGACCUAGCUCAACCAGGGGAGUGGUUGCCAGGGCUUGACACCUCUCGAGGUGGUCUGGAGAGUAUGCAGGCACACGGAACCAGCUGCUCUGGCACAGCUGGCAGCAGCGCUGGCACAGACGCACACAGCUACAGACCUGGUUUCGGCUCUGAUGAGACCAGCAACGAGGAUGAUGAAAGCUCUUUUCCCUUCAUGGACCAGGAACCUGAGAACCAUAACUCCAAUCAGACGUCAGUGCAGGGUCCAGGUGUGGUGAUAAGAGGGGCACGGCAGGUUCAACCACAAACACCUUCUAGCGAAUCAUCAUGGAGACCAAGAGAAGACACAGGGGGUAGAUGCCCCAUCAGUCACACUCGGCGGGUCACAACUUUUGCCAAUAGAGACCCUCUUCGAUCACAAUCCAAUUCACAGCUGCUCACGCUACGACACGCAAACACUCUGAGUCACCCUGCAGCUCUUAGCGGGGGGAAUGGGCGACCCUACACCUGUCCGUAUUGUACCAAGUGUUUCACCUACCCCUCCCACCAGCGCAGACACCUUUUACGCCACACAGGAGUCCGACUGCAUCCCUGUCAGUUUUGUGAAAAGAGCUUCCUCACUCCCUCCGAGCUUACUGUGCACACCCGCACACACACGGGGGAGCGGCCUUUCGGCUGCGCUCAGUGCGGUAAACGCUUUGCCCGCAGCGGAAACUUGAGAGCCCACCAACGGGACGUUCACAUGGGGAAGAGACCCUUUGCAUGCACAGAGUGUGGAAAGAGAUUUGCACACAGGGGGAACUUGAGAGUGCACAAUCACAGAGUCCAUCAAGGUGAUCCCUAUUACAUAGACGAUCAGCAGGAGCCCGACCUGGGCCAGAAUCCCAUCUGAAGGAUUGAAAAUGAUUGGCCUGCACUUACUAAGUUUGCUAAAUACACCCUCAGAAGUUUUUUCAGGAUUGCCUUUUAUAUCACACAGAAACUCAUUUGCAGAACACGCAAGUGAGUAAUUGAAGGUUUUGCUUUCAUUUUUUUUGUUGGUAAAUUAAAAAGUUGUUUUGGUGCAAUCUUUUACCACCAUUAGUGUUUUAUAUUAAUGAGAUACAUGGUCAAAGGAAAUUAAAAUUAAAAUUAAAUUAGAUUGAGUUGUUUAAUUUAUAUUCAAAUUCAGUUCAUUACCACUAAGUAAGCACACCUUGUAUUUAUCCCAAAAAUAAGAAAUACUGUCUAUUUUUCUCAAGGAUGACCUCAUGUGCACAAUGUCUUUUCCUAACCGAUUUAAGUUAUUUUUAUCUUUUUAAAGUUAAGAAACAACAUAUUAAAGACAGUAUAGUUUGUAUUAGAUUUAGACACGUGGCAUGCAGAGGUAGGAUAGCUCGACUCUCACGUCAUGUGGGCAAUUCUCUUCAAACUUUUGUUCUGUGUUGUAAAAUGGAAAAAAUUUGAUGCUACAAGUCCAUAACUAUGUCGUCACAGACGAGCUGUGCUUUUAUUUACAUCCUCUUUUUGCAAUGUGAAAUAAAAUUCUGUACAUGUGUGCAAAAAUAAAAUCUCAUCUGACUGACCCAUCAAUGCAAUGUACCCCAUUAUGUUUGGCAUCACUCUCAACCAAACACCAGGGGGCACUGUCAACUAACAGCAUGCAUUGAAAUGCUUUGGACAGAAUUGCAAAUGUAUUUUUGAUAGUGUCACUCUCUGCUUGUUUUACCGGGUGCCCUAUAUUGUCAGAUCUUUUUUUACUGAUGUUUGCACUUGUGUCAUCAUGGCACAUUUCUCAUGGCCGUGGUCUGUAAGCCUGUGCUUAGCAAAAUCAAAUACCAGUCUUUGGUUUGCUAUGUUGGAAAUCCACUGACUUUGCCUGAGUUUGUGUUGUGUCUGUUAGUAACAAGGAGUUAUUUACAAUAACAUGUUAAGCUCUGUUACUGUAUGUGCGCAUUGUUUUAAUGAAAGAAUUGAAGCGUCAAAUAAGAUUAGAAUAUGUUUUCAAUCAUCAACACAAAAACCUGUGUGAAAUAAAUGCUGAAAGUUGAA